ACAUCAGGGAGUUCAAACAAUAGUGUAUUGGUUUAAACUGCUGAAAGUAUUUCAGGCAUUUCUGGUGUUGCGGAGAACGGCCGCGGGGGGCGCCAGGGGCGGCGUCAGUACCGUGAACAACAUUGACCAAGCACGCCUCAACCACGCACUGCGCCGACGACUUGCCGCAACAUUCUUAGCGUAAAAGUUAACGUGGAUGGUUUACUCUAUGCAAUUUGCGAUGUUUUGAGUUGAUACUAAGUUUUCCUUCGAAUAAAGUGCGCGAACGAAUUUUCGAACUACAAAAGUGCGACGAUGUGCCUUACCGGUGUGCCCGCGAUUUUCACCACCGCUAUGGAUUGGGAAAUUCGUACUUGUAACAAUUAUACGUUAGGUUGAUGUGAAAUAAUUGAGGAAAAUGAGCCGAAAUUAUAUAAGAAGAUUGCCAGAGUUCCACGAUGAGCACUGCUGCGCCGGGAAUGUCACCGGGAAUUUCCGGCGCACAUCCUCACUGCGUUUGCGCGGUGAAAAGAUGGUGCAGCGUUCACCUCUCUCCACUAGAAAAUUAAUUCCUAUAAUCACGGAAAACACACAUCAGAAAAACCGGAGCGAUGGGCUUCGCCUCCCGGAACCCGGUUACCGCCAAAGAAGCCAUUCAUUCAGCAAUAAUGGUCAAAAGCCAAGAAAACCCUGUCUGAAGUCACAGGAUAAUUGUGAUGGCAAAUUGAGCAUGACAGAUUCCGCUCACACACCACCUGGUUCUCCUGAAGACUUACCUGAUGAUGAGUCUCUUCAUAGUUAUGGCAGUGCUGCCACUGCUGCAUCUGUUGACGCAGGUUAUGCACCUUUUAAUGGUACUACCUUCAGCGGCCGCUCUAUGCGAUAUGUCCUUCAUUGCUCAUCGCAUGCUGGUCUCUCUGGCGAUGAGUAUCUCACACCAACACAGCGAGCUCAAAAACAAAUCCGUCGACUUAAAAGCUUGCUGACGCAAGCCAAAAAAGACUUGGAAAAGAAAGACAGUGAGAUAUUUCAUCUCACAAAAGAAGUUGUUGAACUUCGCUUAUACAAAGCAUCCAUAUGUUCCCCUGAUGAGAAAUCUAAUUCAAGUGAAAUUGUGACAAUCAGAGAGAAUGCUGAAGACUUAUCCCUUGAACAAGAAAGUCCCAAACGCAAUGAAGCCUGUAGAUCUUUUGAUGUUACUGACAGUCCUUUGUUCAAAGACCAGACCCCAACUAGAUGCCGAAAUGAAAUGCAAGGUUCCUUUACUGAUUCUGGCCACUUUGAUGAUCUCACUAACUCUUCAUUGCACUCCAAAGAGUCUGUUCAUAUGAUAACACAAGAAGCAUCUUGCAUGACUGAAUUAGAAGAUGCUGAUGAGGAGCGACGCAGUCUAAUUAUGUUUUAUGAAAAGAAGGUGGAAGAUGUAAUGAGAAAUCAUGUAGGAGAGACACAGGAGUUGAAGAAAGCUCAUAAUGAUAAGGUCGAGGCAUUACUUCAGAAGUUGGCUGAUGUAAACACGCGGUACUGUGAGUUGUUGCCUAACUACGAGCAGGCAAAGGAGAGAAUCCACUCAUUGGAGAAACAGUUAGAGGAGGCAAGCCGCCAGCUACAUGAGGAAGAAAGCAGACACCGCUCUUUGUACCUGCAAAUGUACCAAAAAGGUGUUGAGGCAGCUAAAUUUGAGUUAGAUAAGGAUGGUGAAGCCAGCACAUCACAAGGCUCAGUGAACAGGGUCUCUGUUGAGGAACUCCUUGAACAAUUGCAGAUAACCCAGAUUGAGCUCGAAAAUGUCCGAGACACGGCAUUCACAUCGGACCGAACGGCAAAGUCACAAGUACUUCUAAGUGCAAAGGAGGCUGUUUCUUUAUGGGUCCUAGGAGCUCGAAAGGCAAUGUACCGUCGAAUUGUUGAAUCGCAGAAGGGCAAUAAGACCAACGUGGACCCAGAGGUCACCCUGCAGUUCCUCAAGUCUGCUAUCUAUUAUUUCCUCACAGAUCCAGAAAACCACCAAGGCCAUCUCAACGCGAUAGAAAACAUCCUAGGGUUUACUGAGGCGGAGAAAAAAAAUAUACGCAAAGCUAGAACUACAUAGAAAGACUGCUGUGAAAGUGUGAUAUCGUCUUUAGAUAAUUUUUGUUGCUAUUUAGGUAGAAAUAAUUGUUGCAUGUCGUCAAUGACGUACAGUACUUAAAUAGUUUAAGAGAUUAAGAUUGGGGUUUAGAUUGUAAGCGUGUGCACAAUUGUUUUAAAUUAUGUCUAUGGCGCCGUUGUAUAGCAUAAUAAUGCACAUAAUAAUUUGUAAUAAGUUGCGGUGAUUGCUACAUUAUAGGUUUUAAUCGAAUUUAUUUCUUAAAUAUUGAAUUGUGAUUUUCUUUGUAGUUUUUAAGAGCCAAAGAAAUGUAUUUCCUUUUUUGUGCAAUUUUUGACUUAAGUUAAAGUAAACCAAACUACAUUCCUUGUAGAUUUUAGAGUAAGUGUUGAUUAUAUUUUAUAGUUUUAUCGUCUUAUUUGGUGUUCUUUUCCUUUGUUUGUUAAUGCAUGCAGGUCGGCAUUUUUAUAACCAAUUUACUUAUAAUUUAUGAAUCGCUUGUAAAGAAAUUUAAAAAGGCUAUUAUUAGAUAACAGUUUUUGCUUAGGUGUUUAUGUCUAAGAAGAACUCAUAAAGUAAAACUCAUCUUAAAGUUGCAUCUUAUGAUAAAUCAUGUGAUCAUUAUCUUGCCACUUAAACUUAUGUCUGUGAUUAUAAAACAAUGCACCUUAACACACUGAAAUACUCGUAUUUUUACAUUUCAAGAUGUGUUCAAUUUGGCAUUCAAGAAAAUUUUAUCACAUUUAUAAAUCAGAUAAAGUUGUUGCCACAAGUAACGUUACGAGAAAGAUGAAAGAACCUAUUGGUAAAUUUUCUAUUUAUGUCGAAUUGAAAACAAGCAAAUUUUUUAGAUCAAAAAACUCAAUAUAACGGGCUAUGAAAUGAAGUACCCACUUUAUAAAAUUUAUUUAUAAAAAUGAAUUGUCAUACGUUAUAUUGCCUCACUUUGCUUUCGGGUUGUAAAAUACAGUAACCUACUUAAUUAAAAAAAUAUUAUCCAUGUCCGUGUACGUCCGAUAAUCACGUUCGCUAUUGAAUAGAGCGUAGAAGAUUGAAAUUUAUGAAUUAUUGGUAUUUUUAUAUUUUGAUCUGCUUAGAUCGCCUAACGUCCAUUUGAAAUGAUAAAAAUGGCCGAUAUUCCUAUAGUUUUAUCUUUAUUUGUAAUUGUGCUUUUUGUAGCCAUUCCAUUGAUAUAUGGGCAUAGGCUGAGGUUAUGAUUAUGGAAAAUGAAGGUCCGCAGAAUAAGAACUUACACAAAUAUUAAGAGUGGAUCAAAAAUAUUUGAACCUAAAUUGUUAAAAUAUGACAAUAUAAUAUAUUAAGGCAAAUAAGGAAUGCAAUAAAGUUCACCAAAAAAAAUUAUGAUAUAUAGUGUAUAGUCACCGUAUUCAUUAGAAGUAAUGUAAUGAAAUGUUCAGCAUUAUUACAUAUUAUUUACAUUUGAUUAAAACUGUUCUAUUUGGGCUAGUGUUGUCAUAGCCUGAUGUUGAGCCAACUAAGUUUCUUAAAAUUUGGAACAGAUUCGAAAACAUAUCCAUACAAAUAUUAUAAAUUUGAAUAUAACGGAAGAAAUGUGUUUAUUCUUACAAUUUUAAGUAAGCAUUGAAGCGAUAUUGAUGUUAUUUUGAUUGACAGAGGCAAGGACCUGUUUCUUAUCUAGAUACCUAGCAUCACUUUAUAGCCGAAGCUUACUAUGUUCAAUGGAAUGACCGUAUCAAAUCAGUGAUAGGAUCAUUUUAAAUCUGAUGUGAUAGGAUAUUUUGUGUUUCGGAUAUUUUAAGACACUUUUCUGUGACAUGAUUUGCUUGCUUUAGUUAAUAAUAAAUUAUUGAUUUAUGAGUUUA